CCUGCUCUGCUUGGGAGAGGAUGUUUUCCUCAUCUGAGAGAACUGAUAUAAGUUGUGGGCUAUUGUAAACAAACUUUGGAUUCUAAUCAGUAUUACCUCUUUGAGUUGUUCAGUUUCCUCCCAUUGCUUCUUUUCUUCACUUUGCAUCCUAUAGCAUUUAGUAUCAAUGGCAUUUUAUAACAUUGUCAUCUUCUCUUUGAUUGUAGGUGUGUUACUAUCGCUAUAUGAGAUUUUAUCCUUCAGGCAGAUUCCUUUAUAAGAAUUCAUCACAAAAAGUCAAAGAUGUCGCGAAGUACCUGAACUUCCGUGCCUCAAAAGCUGAUUGUGUUUUUAAGGGGAAUUACACACUAUCAGAGGAUAAAGUUGAAGCUGCUCUUUUGUACCCUGGAACGCGUCCAACUGUGUUGAGGUUCCGCUUAAGGUUGAGGGGUACAACCCAAGGUGCUAAUAACAGAAUGGAUCUACUUGCUCUUCUUACAAGUGGCGUGAAUGAUAAUGAGGUUAAUUGCCCGGAUGAAGACAUUCUUGGGGUUGUCGAGAGGUGGGAAGAGGAUGAAACACAUAACCCAGAUGUUCCAGCAAUUUCACACAAGAGGGGUCUAACACCUUUUGUCUUUGUUUCAUUUGAGGAGGUGGAAACUUCAGUUCUAAAUCUCCCAGUGGAAAAAAUGGAUUAUUAUGUUCCUGGUUAAGAACUGGAUCAAACAGACAAUCCAUUGGUUGUAAAUAUGUAAUAUUGUUGUUUGCAACUCUUUUAUUUUUGGCAUCUUAGAAUC